AUGAGCAUCACAGAUGUGCUCAGUGCUGAUGACAUCGCGGCUGCCCUGCAGGAAUGCCAAGACCCAGAUACUUUUGAACCCCAAAAAUUCUUCCAGACAUCGGGCCUCUCCAAGAUGUCAGCCAGUCAGGUGAAGGACGUUUUUCGAUUCAUAGACAAUGACCAGAGUGGAUAUCUGGAUGAAGAAGAGCUUAAGUUUUUCCUCCAGAAGUUUGAGAGUGGUGCUAGAGAACUGACCGAGUCAGAAACCAAGUCCUUGAUGGCUGCUGCAGAUAAUGAUGGAGAUGGAAAAAUCGGGGCUGAUGAAUUCCAGGAGAUGGUGCAUUCUUAA